AUUUCUUUAUUCCUCAGUCCCCUUGUGUCAGCGGUUUCACUUCUAAAGCCAUGUUGCGAUCACGAAACGUUCGUAAUGCGCGCGCGAAAAUGAUCUAAUUUCAAACCAAGCUUAGCUUUGACGAUUUUGUCCGUUAUAUCAUAUUCAGUGAUCGGAAAGAAUUGAAAGUACAUAAUAAAAAUAUGCGGUCUUUUUGGUUCUAUAUAUCUUGUACACAUUGCUUACUCCAGGUUUGCUUAGCUAUCAUCAUAGUCUAUUACUGGCAUACAACAUUUACCUAUGAUGGUCGAGAAACACAUAAUCUCUAUGGCAUAGUGUGUUCUGUGGUUCCCAAAAAGUACCGCAUACUCGCUCAUGUCUUGAUGGUUUUUUUCUUUACCUUGGUCUUCUACGCGUUCAUGGACCAUUUUUACGAUUUCUGCCUGGACCCUGAGGAUGACAGUUAUGCUACUUUCCAAAAAGUAAAAGAAUAUCAUAAGAAGAAUAGGAAAAAAAAGGCAUUCAAAAGAUACGUUCAUCCUAAGAAGCCAAAACAACCUGUCAUAUUAGAAGACCCGGUCAAAGACUGGCGGCCCCCGCUGAAUGGCGACCAGAUCAUAAGAGAAAAUAUUGAAGAUCUUUAUAUGGAGAAAUUAAAAGAUACACUGAGAAGUAGAAGCUCGCCUCGGAAGUAUUCACCCAAAAUAAAAUCUCCGAAGCGACAAUAAUUAGUAAAUAAAUUCAAUAAUAUUAGAAAAGAUUUUGUAAAAAAAUAACAUUAAAAAGGCCUCCGUGAUUAUUUUCGUGAGCUUUGAUUGGUCUAAAAUGAAAGCUUUUUGACGGUCAAGGCAACCUACCUUUCAAACGCUGUUUCAUUCCAACUUGUACACAGGUGAGUUUUUGUGUCCCCUAAUCGUGGCUUACGGCAACAUAAGUACCUCUUUAGCUUAGGUGUAAUGUUGUCCAAUUUGAAACAACGUGUCCUCUCUUAAUAGUAAAAUAAUUUAUCUGAGUCUUAUCCAUAUACACCUAAUCCACUGUUUUCCAUUUCAGGCCAAGUGUCAUUCCCUAUUUCGUUUAACGGUUGAACAUGAGAAGACACAAUAUGAAUACAACACAGUUAAACAAAGCUAAGAAUCUUACUCUCAAGAGAGUGAUAAUGGUCUGAAAUGGGCAAAACAGUACGGCCAAGUGCAUUAGGUGCAUUUAUGUGUUUAUUGUAAUACGCAAUCGUUAAACCAAGUAAAAA